AUGGGAUAUGGUGGCGGAGCACUGGAUGACGGUGCUGGUUCAAGAGACAGUGGCAGGCCACCGGAUGAUGGCGCUGCUUCAAGAGAUGGUGACGGGCCACCGGAGGAUGACGUUGUUUCAAGAGAUGGGGGCGGGCCGCCAGAGGAUGGCGCUGCUUCAAGAGAUGGUGGCGGGCCGCCGGAGGAUGGCGCUGCUGGAGUGUUGGUUGCUUACAACGACGACAUUGGGUGUAUCGGGCUAUGCAGUGGUUUCGAUGGCUCACCCGUCGUCUUCUUCAUCAUGGGUGGUUAG